UAAACAAAGGCUGGACCCUGUGCUGCAAUAAACUCAGCUCUCCGGGUAUUUUAUAUGCUAAUAGUGCCGCCAAAUUGAAGAGCGACUUAUUUCUGGAGCUAUGGAAAACGCAUUAUUGAUGCGUGUGAGUGUUUUUACCGACCAAGGAGGCAGGAAAUACAUGGAAGAUGUGACCGAAGUCAUAGUAGAGCCCGAGCCGGAAGAAGAUGAGCCGACAUCGGGUGAGCCAGAAGAGACCAGCCGGGGAGACCCUCUGUCCAAUUCUCUGACUGCGGACGCGCAUCCAGAGCGGACUGCUGGCACCGAUGGAUCGCCGCAGGUUUCGGGUGCAUCGCGCGACACCGUGCGAACGGAAGAUCAGUGUAUAUUAGUGGAAACGACUUUACCGGAAGGUCAGAGCCCACCGGGAGCCGAGCCGAGCCCUGCGAGUCCUUCCCGCCGUUCCGUAGCGUUCUUUGCGGUGUUCGACGGGCACGGGGGUCGCGAGGCUGCGCAGUUUGCGCGAGACUAUUUGUGGGAGUUUAUGAAGAAGCAGCGGGGGUUCUGGUCGGACUGUGACAUGGAGGUCUGCUCAGCUAUACGAAAAGGAUUUAUAGCCUGCCAUCACGCGAUGUGGAAGAAGCUACCUGAGUGGCCAAAGACACUCACAGGCCUUCCCAGCACAUCGGGCACGACAGCCAGCGUGGUGUUCAUCCGCGGAAACCGCAUGUAUGUGGCCCACGUCGGGGACUCGGCAGUGGUUCUAGGGGUCCAGGAUGACCCUUCAGACCCGUUCAUCAGAUCCGUGGAAGUCACACAAGACCACAAACCUGAACUACCAAAGGAGAGGGAGCGUAUCGAAGGUCUGGGAGGAAGUGUUAUCAAAAAAGCUGGAGUGAACCGGGUUGUCUGGAAGAGACCACGGCUGAGUCACAAUGGCCCAGUCCGUCGGAGCACUGUCAUUGACCAGAUCCCAUUCUUGGCUGUAGCCCGAGCUCUAGGUGAUCUGUGGAGCUAUGACUUCUACAGUGGGGAGUUUGUGGUUUCUCCAGAGCCAGACACUAGUGUGGUGACCCUUGACCCCAGAAAACACCGCUACAUCAUCCUGGGCAGUGAUGGUCUGUGGAACAUGGUGCCGCCUCAAGAGGCUAUCUCCAUGUGUCAGAACAAUGAUGAGGCGAUGGCACCAUGCGGGGUAUCAAGUGCCCAGCAGCUGGUCAGCCAUGCUCUGCUGCGGUGGCGCCAGCGCAUGCUGCGUGCUGACAACACCAGUGCCAUCGUCAUCGCCUUGCAGGAGCCAGGGUCCCCCCAGGACGUGCUGCACCAUGAGGAGGUGCUGCUGGACUUAGCCAAGGUGUCCCAGUGUCCUCCCACCUCCAUAUCUCACGCGGACACUCCUCUCCUUCAGCGGUCCGUCGAGGAAGACUCUCCCUCUGCCAUGUGUGAGCUCCUCCCUGCUUUGGAGCGGCGGGACGGACUAUCGGAGAGCAGCAGCCUGUACCACAGGCAUCUGUCUGACCUGCUCACUCUGUGUCCAAACGGUGGCGCUGAGUUGCCCAGUCAGUCCAGUCCCGCUGGCAGGACCCCCGGCAGCAAAAGAACUAUUGACGGGUCCCCAUCGGGCCAGACGGGUCAUAAGGCCCGCUGCAGGACUGCUGACAGGCUGCCGCUGGUCCAACACAACACAGAGAAGAAACAGAAGGAGUCCAAUAACGUCUCGCCCAUUCUCCAGCAGCAUAACAAGACCACAGUGUGUGUGUGCUGAAACCAAGACAGACACACACACACACACACACACACACACACACACACCUCAACCUGCUGCCUUCCGCCACAGCCCACCUUGUCUCCAGUGGCUGUUCUGUCCCACACAUUCUCCCAGUGCAAGCCAGCUUUGCUGUGAAGGUUAUGGAGAGACUUGUCUUGGACGAUACACACAUGAAAACUUAAGGAGUGCUCAUUUUCACACAAAAAAACUAAUCUUGUUUGUUUAAAAAGUUUCUUCCUGAAAUGCUGAUUUUAAAGGUGUCUCAAUGGUUCCUUUUACUGGCAAUCGUAAGAAAUAAGUAUGACCAAUGAUGCUGGUGCAAUUAUUAUGCAUUUUACAGUUGAGUAUAAAGUAAUUCGUACUGUUCAUUUAAAACAAAUAUAUAUUUUUGUACAUUCUUUUAUUGAUCUAUGAUAAAACAUGAGUAUUAAGAUGAGCUCCACAACAGCUUUCCCCUCCUUUUCACACUCCAUGUACCAUUGUGUUCACACCGUGGAUUUAAACCUGCGUAUGAACUUGUAUCCUCAUUUUAAUCACUGGAGAUUUGUCUUGAAUAUGAACUGAAGGUGCUGCUACAGUCACAAACCCGUAAGCGACUACAUUGUGUAUACUGAUAUAUAAAUCAAUGUGAUACGUGUU